AUGAUUUUUAAUAUAUCGUUAUUAUGCAACACAUUGAGAUUAAACAAGCACGAAAUAUCAAAUUUUAAUAAAAUUUUGUAUUCCACCAAAAUAAAGGGUGGUAAAAAACAACAAAAAGAAGUUAAAACUGAAGUUCCAGUAGAAGGAGAAGACGGAGAACAUUUGUUUAAUAUAUAUGCUUCAAUUCCAGAAGAUCAUAAAAUUCUUCCAGACGAAGCUUAUCCAAAGUGGCUUUGGGAUCUCGACACACCUGAUAAAACAUACGGAGAAUUGGUGCAGAUGUUUGUUCACGGAAAGGAUAUAGAAAACUCUAAAAUGGCAGACUAUAACAGGUUUUGUAGAUUACAUAACAGAUACUUGAUUAAGCUCAACAACAUCAGACUUCAAAAAAGAAGGAAAAUUACAUUUGAUUCUCACCUCUGGGAUGUUUAAUUUUAUUAAUUCGUUCAAUAGUUGCACUUUAUUAAUCAUUAAUUGUUUUGCUACUAAAUUGUAAUAAUGAAUAUUAUGGUUUAUUA